GUCUGUCUUCAGAUAGGCUACAUUCUAAAUCCCGUCCCCAGUAGUUUACCAAUUAGCUACGAACCCACCCUCUUUUUGGAUGUGGAAAGAGAAUGCACGUGGGGAAAGUAUUUAACAGCUGCAAAUGUAAGUUUUGAAUCGAGUUCGGAACCACAGCCGAGGUCGCCGUAUCCAUCGUUUCGAGAUCCUCGCAAAGACCCGCCCCGCCCCUCCGGAAGCAGGAUGCUGGCCCACAUGCUCUCGUUCGGCCGCUCGCUGGUGCGGAGGAAGCGGGUGAACAUGGACUGCCUGGAGGACUCCAAGCUGUGCCGCUGCCUGUCCACGCUGGACCUGAUCGCCCUGGGCGUGGGCAGCACGCUGGGGGCGGGCGUGUACGUGCUGGCCGGCGAGGUCGCCAAGGGCAACUCGGGCCCCAGCAUCGUGGUGUCCUUCCUCAUCGCGGCGCUGGCGUCCGUCAUGGCGGGCCUCUGCUACGCCGAGUUCGGCGCCCGCGUGCCCAAGACCGGCUCGGCGUACCUGUACAGCUACGUCACCGUGGGCGAGCUCUGGGCCUUCAUCACCGGCUGGAACCUCAUCCUCUCCUACGUCAUAGGAACCUCUAGCGUGGCCCGGGCCUGGAGUGGCACUUUCGACGAUCUCAUCGGGGAGCGCAUUGAGCACUUCUGCAAGACCUACUUCAGCAUGAGCGCCCCGGGCCUGGCCGAAUACCCAGACUUCUUCGCCGUCUGCCUCAUCUUGCUGCUGUCAGGGCUCCUGUCAUUUGGGGUGAAGGAGUCAGCCUGGGUCAAUAAGGUCUUCACUGCCGUCAACGUCCUGGUGCUGCUGUUCGUGAUCAUCUCCGGGUUCGUGAAAGGAGACCCCCUCAACUGGGAGAUCUCCGAAGAAUCUCUCAUAAAUGUCACAAUUGUGAAGAGGAACCUGUCGUUCGCGGAUAACGUGACCAGCGACUACGGCACGGGGGGCUUCAUGCCGUACGGUUUCGGGGGAACCCUGGCCGGGGCCGCGACCUGCUUCUACGCCUUCGUCGGCUUCGACUGCAUCGCAACCACAGGUGAGGAGGUGAAGAACCCGCAGAAGGCCAUCCCGCUGGGCAUCGUGGUGUCCCUGCUGGUGUGCUUCCUGGCCUACUUCGGGGUGUCCGCUGCCCUCACCCUCAUGAUGCCCUACUACCUGCUGGACGAGAAGAGCCCGCUGCCCAUGGCCUUCGAGUACGUGGGCUGGGGACCCGCCAAGUACGUGGUGGCGGUGGGGUCCCUCUGCGCCCUGUCCACCAGUCUGCUUGGCUCCAUAUUCCCCAUGCCACGGGUAAUCUAUGCUAUGGCAGAGGACGGGGUGCUUUUCAAAGUCUUAGCCCGAGUCAAUCCUAAGACCAAGACCCCGCUAAUUGCCACUAUGACCUCUGGAGUCGUCGCAGCGAUCAUGGCCUUCCUGUUUGAUCUCAAGGCCCUGGUGGACAUGAUGUCCAUCGGAACGCUGCUGGCCUACUCCCUGGUGGCCGUGUGCGUGCUCAUCCUCAGGUAUCAGCCCGACUUCCUGCACGAGAAGCCCAAGAUUAACGGGGAGAAGGAAGCCCUGCGCCUGGCGGAGAAGGAGUCCGAGGCGACCGAGCCCGAAUCGCGCCUCGGCGUGCCGAAAGCCGAGGGGCUAACGCUGCAACGCGUCUUCCACCCGGCGCUCCAACCCACCGAGCAGACCUCCGCCGUGGUCAACGCCGCCGUCACCGUGAUAGUGCUGGUGGUCUGCGUGGUUAGCUCUCUCACCACAUAUAAAGGACAGGCCAUCCUGGACCUGGAGCCCUGGAUCCUCUGCCUGUUGUCAGCAGCCAUUGCCAUCUUCAUCGCCUGCAUCUUCGUCGUCUGGAAGCAGCCUCAGACACAGAAGAAGGUGUCCUUCAUGGUCCCUCUCCUGCCCUUCUUGCCCAUCCUCAGUAUAUUUGUCAACGUGUACCUCAUGGUCCAGCUGAGCGGGGACACCUGGAUCCGCUUCUCCGUCUGGAUGGCUGUGGGGUUCCUCAUCUAUUUCGGCUACGGCAUGUGGCACAGCGUGGAGCGGCAGCGGCUUCGGCAACAGCACGCACCCGCACCCGCCCCCGCCCAUGACCCCGCCCACGCGCCCACGAGCGAGAAGGACAAGGAGGCGGAGCUGGGAAGCAAAGAGAGUCAGCGGAUCCUCCCGCCAGAGAGAACCAGCGAGUGCUAGCAGGGUAUCACUGCGCGAACGCGUUGGCCCUGUUCGCACGGUCUCCCACCCCACCCCCCCCCCACCCCCCACCAUAAGGACGCUCGCACGCACACGGCAGUACUCCGUUCCCCUCCCCCUCCCUGUCAAAGCCCACCGGCCAAUCACAGCGCCUCGCGUACGCCACGCGAAUACGGCGCUCUGCCGAGGGCUACGGUGUCUCUUUUCCGGACUUCCCAAGAAGGAUCACGUGACCGGCGUCCGCUCGGUCAGUGAAGCUGUGGUCCGGUAAAGAUGCGCUCGCAGCAAAGCACGGAUACACACGUAGCAGCUCUCCGUCUCGCAUCAGAAACGACAAACGUGGUCAAUUCAGGCCCCUUUGUGAGAUUAGCAUCUGUCCUGUUCAUUAUAGGUCCUACAGUAUUAGAAGCAGAGUGGGGAAUCUUUGUAACGUUGAUAAUAAUAAUAAUAAAUUACCGGCAAGUUUUAUUAUCAUAAUAUCCGUGAACAAAGUGCUUCUAACCACAGCUUUUAAAGAAAUACAGUAGUAACCGUAUGAUUAUGGUAUUGUACAGUGAAGCCAUCUUUUAUGAGUUUUUAGGAAUGAUAAUUUCUAGCAAUUUAACCACAGUGCGAAGCUGCGUCUGAACAUAGGCUGACUAUAUCUGCCACAGGGGGUGCAGUCCAACCGAUUACAAUGUAAAAUUAACCCAGAUUUGUAUUUCAGUUAUUAGAAAACAUAUUUCUAAGCGCAUGGCCAAAAGUGUUGUUAUAUUUCACUUUAAUGUAAAACCCCCUUAUAAAUGACAGGGUCAUCACCAAAUGCCAGUCUUAUAUUGACUGUUUGUGUAUCAUGUAUUUGUUUGUAUCUCAUAUUAGUGACAGCACUGACAUGUAUUGCAAAAGGCCAUCCUGAUACGUCAAAUCAUAGUGAUUGGUUUGCUAAUCUGGGGAGCUAGGACUGUGAAGCUUUACAUUAGUGUUAGAUGUUGAAUGUUGAAAAAAAAAUGCUGUUUUUGGACUUUAUAUAUAAAUAUGCUUAAUGGCUCUUUUUAAUAAUCUCCAUUUUCAAGGAUACCUCCCCUAAAUGACUUAAAUUACAUUUUACAUGUUACUAAUUUAUAUUUUAAACCUAUACAUAUGUACGGUUUGCUUUGUUGUUCUAUUCUCAUUUUUUUAAUGUUUAAACAAAAUAAUAGGAUAUACAUGUAUGCAGUUAUUGUGUUUGUCAUUUUCACAUUUGCGAAACUUUUUUUUUUUUUUUUUGCGUUAGCAAAGUUUAGAGUGAUGGUGAUUGUGUAAGUUCAGCAUUUUGAGGGCAAGGAAGUCUUGGUCCUCUCUGUCGUUUUGAUCAUUUAUAGCUACGAAAGUUUCUUUUUAGCUAUGAUCAGUAGCCAAAGGUGCUGUAAAGACCUACAAGGCGGUGCAACGGUUUGACGAUCCUCUUAAUGGAGUCUGAAGUGGACCAUCCCUAGUCCCGCCUUCCAGUGUUACAUUCUCAGCGUAAACGAUACUCGCUUUCCAGACUGAAUACUGGUGGAGUGACACGUAUGCUAAUCAUACGCUGUAAAAAAAUUCAAAUUUUUUUUGAAUUACUUGCAGCUUUGCAACUGUGUCAGAUUUGGGAUUUAUGGUGAGGCAACAGAAUGUUCUUGGACCCUUUCAUUGCUAUGUUUAAUACCCUGCACAUGCAUCUUCUGAGAUGCUUUUAUAUUUGUAAAUCAGAGUAUAGCCAGCAGACACAAGGGGGCGCCACAAAUUAAGGUUUACAUUUCUUUUUUAAGGUUGUCCACAAAAAAAAAAAAAGAGUAUGCCUCUCUGUUGAAAUGUAAACCUUUGCAGUGCCUUGAGUAUUAGUUUUUAUAAAGCUGUGUGCCUCCGGUUUUAUGAAUUCUGUGGACACGGGUGUGGCCAAAUCUGCUGCACUGGCUCAUAGUCCUGUGGGAUUUUGAUGCUUGUGCUUUUGGGGUUCAGCACCGCUCCAGAUUCAGCGUUGCCAUUGGCUGUAUUAUGGCUUGUGAGAGCCAUGCAGUGACUGAUGCUCAGUUGGAAAUUGGGGGUUAUGAACAUGUAUUCACGCUCUCAUAUCGCGUAUAACACGUCUUUUGGCGGUCCUUGCCACGUGUGCCUCGAUACAUUUGAGAUUUUUGAAGGCCUGUCUAAUCGGUUUCAGAGGAAGUCACUGCCAGUGUUUAGAGAAUGCAGCGACCGGCCAUUUUAGUAACAUUAAUCUGAAUGUUUUUGGCAGACUCUAAGCCUGGGACCAUGAAUAACAGACAUGCUGCAGAUGUUCUCUACGAAGUAUUCCCUUAAAACAAAUGAUUGUCUAUAAAAUAACGGGAAGUAGAAUGUCAUAGUUUUCCUACUUUUUUUUUGUACUAACUACACUGAAAAUAAAUGUGUUUUUCAAAA